AUUGUCGGUGUCCGACGUGACUGCUUCGGCUGCGGUCACACGUGUCUAAGUUGCAAAGAGCUCUUCAUUCGCGAAUGCAAGAAGUGCGGCAACGAGUAUUGUCGAGAAGACAACGAGGCCUCUUCGGAGACAAUGUGCGAUUGGUGCAAUUACACUUCUCGAAGAACCCUUAACCUCUAUUGAAGGGCCAGAUCGAGCAUGCAUAGAAGAUAUUGAUAACGAUUUACGACAACGGAUAUUUCAUGGCGCUCUUUUGCACAACCACUACUCUGCUCAUGAAGAUAGAACUAGAUACCCCUCUCACCCUUCAAACUACUCUUCAUUUCU